ACUACGAUUCCCAUCAGUAGAGGUGCCGUGAACAGCAUUACCCAGAGUUCCUGAGCAGUGCCUCAGCAAGAUGGCGGCGAAUCCGAGCACAAACGCCCCCCGUUUUGACUGUCCGUCAUGGGCAGGAAAACCACCACCUGGGCUCCAUUUGGAUGUAGUCAAAGGAGACAAGUUGAUAGAGAAACUAAUCAUUGAUGAGAAAAAGUUCUACUUGUUUGGGAGGAACCCAGACCACUGUGACUUCACGAUAGACCAUCAGUCAUGCUCACGCGUGCAUGCAGCACUCGUCUAUCACCGGCACCUCAAGAGGGUCUUCCUCAUCGACCUCAACAGCACCCAUGGCACCUUUUUGGGCAGAAUUCGUCUGGAGCCCCAUAAACCUCAGCAAGUGCCCAUCGACUCCACUAUGUCAUUUGGGGCAUCCACGCGAGUGUACACGCUGAGAGAGAAGCCGCAGACGCAGCCCAGCACUACAGCAGGUGACAGUGGUGUGGAGGAUGAAGAGCUGAAAGGACUGCUUGGCUUACCGGAAGAAGAGACCGAGCUAGAUAACCUGACUGAGUUCAACACAGCGCACAACAAGCGCAUAUCUACUCUCACCAUCGAGGAGGGCAACCUGGACAUCCAGAGACCUAAGAGGAAGAGGAGAAGCUCUCGAGUGUCUUUCAGCGAGGACGAGGAGAUCAUUAACCCUGAGGAUAUUGACCCAUCGGUUGGCCGUUUCAGAAACAUGGUGCAGACCGCAGUCGUACCCUUAAAGAAGAAGAAAUCUGAGGGACAUGGCGCCCUUGGUGUGGAGGACAGCGUGGUACGUCGUUUCCAGAACUUCCCCGUCAGCCCAGGCCUUUAUGGUGACUUGCCCCCUGCCAGUCAUGACGCACGCACCCAGGACAACGAGCACCAAGCAGGCUCGGCCAUCUUGAGCGGCCUCCCUCUGCCCUUCCCCAACCCAGCUCCAGAGGUGGACGUCUUCACCCCCUCAGCACAGCCGGCAGCUAUGUUGAACCCAAGCCCCGCCCCUGGACCAUACACAGCCGAAUCUAUGAACGAGCCACGCAAGAAGAAGUACGCCAAGGAGGCGUGGCCUGGAAAGAAACCCACACCUUCACUACUCAUCUAAUGCGUAUUAUUGGAUGGUGUGACGACGUGUACUUGACUUUUAUGAACUAAACUCUAAACGUAAAAUUUCUGAAGUUCCAAAACUGCAUUUUCAAAAAUCUCAGUCAUGUCUCAGUAUCAGAAUCUUUUUAAAAAAGAGCCUAAUUCAUAAUUCAUUAUAAACCAUAGCUCGUGUUAUAUCAGAGGAAAAAUGUUUACCAGAGACUUGCAUAAACAACAUCUGAUUUGUUAUUGUAGGUUCUUUACUGAGGUGUUUUCCUACUGUUGUGGACACGUCACCACGUUUUCUGUUAGUUACACAAUACAGAUCAUAGCACACCUUUAAAAUAGCAGACGAGUAUAAGGUUAGAAUCAGUAGAUUAAUUCUUAAUGUUCAGUCACUGAGUAUGGUAUACUAACUACUUACAUGCAUUGUAACCUUUUACCUUCAUGAACGUAAAUGUCAGUACUACAGUUUCUGUAACGCAAGAACAGGACAAAUCCUUCUUACUCCGUUUGUUAAACGGCUACAGUAUCAGAGCGUGUAGACGUGAGUUUGUUUUGUGUUUUCUAUUUUUAUAUCCGAGUAUAUGUUGUAAAAUGGUGUGUGCAGAGAGCAGAUUAUAGGAAUUCCUAACUUUCUUUAUUUAUCUAAUAAACAGGAUUCCUUUCUAUAAGGCCGGAUGUGUGGGUUGAAAUGGAGAUGGUUCCUGGAAGUUGAGCUGGACGUUUAUUCCCUUGAGGCAUCUCGCUCCUCUAAUGGGUUUCUCUCUGUGCCAUUUUGAAAAUGGACUAGUUAUAAUUUAUCCUGAGGUAAUGAGGCAAAUGAAAGUGUCCCGGGCUUGAAGAAUUCCCUGUGGACAUCAUAUUGUCAAUGAGUAGGAGUUUUUCCUUCUGGUUUAUAUCAUUGAGGAGGUUCAAAAUACAGUAUUCUGGGCUACUGUUGAAAUUUGUGCCAUACUAUUGUGAAAGCUGUCUAGAGGGAGGAAGGGGUGUAAUAGUUAUCAGUCCAUCUGGUUUAAUGUGAAUUGAAUUUGUGAAGCAGAGGAAAAAGGAAAAGGAAACUCCUAAAAAUAUACUUGGCUGAGGUGGGGAAUUUGGGAGAAGAUUUUGUGUCCACUUCGGAAUAUUCACAUAACAUUCAUUCAUUCAUUCAUUCAUUCAUUUAUCUUGGGUAACUGCAUUAUGUUGUUCAGGGUGAAUACACCUUGGAUGGGACUCGAGUCAAUCACAUGGCACCACGUAAAUGCACAUUCAUACCUAGGAGUACGUUAGAGUUGCCAGUCCACCUACUGGCAUGUGUUUUUUUUAUUUUUAUUUGUUUAUUUAUUUCUUUCCUCCCCUCAGUAGAUACCUCCAGUACAGUAUUAUGCCACUAUGCGAUAUUCAUGUAACAAAAAACUGCCUUUUUUAACCUUUUGGAAAUCCACUUACUAUUGGUACUGGAAUUAUAUCUUUUGUCAACUGGUAAGGACUAUUUCUAGUCCAAUAUGUCAAGCUAAAAUCAUUGCAACUAAAUUAUCUGCUAUAAUAACUAAAUUAUCUGCAAUAGUUGUUCUGGCUCUCGUAGUUUCUCUCGUUGUAUCCAAAUGAUUGAGUUGUGACCUCAUACAAUACAUUUGUUUUUUUUUUUUUUACCCAAAAAAAGGUAGCUGUCCAGUGCAUCUUUUUUUUUUUUUUCCCUGUUGUGAAUUUCCAGUUGUACUUCCAUAUCUGUCCAGCAGGGGUCUCCCAUGCACCUUAUUGCCUACGCCUGUUCUCCACCUCAGAUAAAUGACACCUCAUUAAUCAAAUCUGCAUGAAUGCGCUCAGGUUGCCAUGGCAAUAAUUAUCAGAGCUGCCUAAUUAACUUUCUCAAUUGCUUAAUGAUAUACGACCCUAUGAACUCCCUCAUUUCUUCUCUCUCUCUAAUUCGAGCAUGCAUCUUUUUUUCCCUCCUUCCUUUUUCCCCCACUCUGUGUGUUAACCUGUGACCACUGUUUUAUUAAACGCAAAAGAAGAACAGAUUGUCAGUCACGGGGAUGAAAGAGGAGAUCUGCGUCCUGGCUCUUGGCUUUAACCUUUCUUUCUUUUUACCAAUGCAAAGUGGAAAGCUGGAUUUAAAAAAAAAAAAAUUCUCACCUACUCUUUAGGGUUACAUCUUGAAAUAAGUGGCUUUAGAUAUGAGUCCUCAUAAAAAUGAAGGUGUCUCUAUUUGUUUAAUAGUCAUUUGCAUAUAAUUCUAGAGAUAAUCUGGGUCAAGAUUCUUUAGUAGCUAGUAUAUGCUUCAAAUACACAUAAAACACCCAAUGCUUUGCGUCGGUAUUCACCUCCCUGCUUGGGAAAAAAAAACAAUAGAAACCAUCACAGAAAUUCUAAUGCUUUCCACCACAAAUACCAUUACAAACCAUCAGCUAACCAUUAAAACCAUUACCAUAACUGGUCCUUAAUGGCAUCCAGACAUAACAUGCCACCAAUACAAGGCUACAAAUUACCUGUAGAGACCCACAGGGACCAUUACAGUUUCCAUGAAAACCAAUACAAUUCCCAUUAUAACCAAAUAGGAAUUCUUGGGCCUUAAUGGUAUCCACUAGACAUAAAGUGCCACCAAUAGAAAGCAACAAAUUACCAGUAGAGAUCCGCAAGGACCAUUAAAACCAUUACAAAUUCUAUGUAGGUUUCUAUUUUUUUUUUUCAGCAGGGCUUUCUAGAACUUUUCAA